AUGGAGAAACUAAAUCAAGUGGCCAAGACAAGGGAUGCUUUCCCUGCAGUAGCUCGAUUACUCUCUUUAGAUAGGGACGUCCUGCGAGAUAUACUAAGUAGGCUGCCCGUUAAAUCUUUGAUCAGAUGCACCUCCGUGUGCAAGACAUGGAUACCAAUAAUCAAAAGCCAAGACCUCAUCCGUAAACACCUCAUCCGAGCACUCAACUCUAAUGACCUCCUUCUACUCCACACUGUUUCUGGUGAGGAAUGCAAGACUGUCCUCCACAAAACAUUAGUAAAAGAACUGACAGAAGAGGUUUACUCUGUGCGUUAUGAUGCCGAAGAUUUAGGCCUCUACUGCCCGAUAGAAUUUCCAAUUUCCCACAAGAAAAAACUCCACAAUUCUUUUCUGCGUGUGGUUGGCGUUUGUGAUGGGCUGGUAUGCCUUGCAGAUGAUAUCUUCCGUUAUGGUAGCACCUUCAUCAUAUGGAACCCAUGCAUUAGAAAGUCAGUGACCCUUCCCAGCCCUGGUGUUACCUUUAGGAAGAAUGGCGGAUAUGAUGCUACUAUUGGGUUUGGUUUUGAUGCUACCACCAAUGACUACAAGGUUGUGAGACUCGUUGUGGAUCAAGUUGGGAGUCCUACCAUAGCUGAGGUUUAUUCACUAGCCAAUGGCUCAUGGACCAGUCCUCGUCCUGUCACUCCUGAAUGUGAAAUAGAUGGAGCCGCAUUCCAGGCUUCUGUUAAUGGUGCUCUUCACUGGCCUGCCAUCCCUCGGAAGACAGUUGAUGAUCUUUGCUAUUUUAUAUUGGCAUUUGACUUGGGCAGUGAGUUAUUUCGUGAGAUGCCAAUGCCAGAGAGUUUUGAAUGGCAUACUUCAUUGGGAUUGCAAUUGUCCGUUUCAGGAGACAGAAAAUCAAUUGCCCUGUUCGUGAUGGAUCACAGGUGUGCAAACUAUGAAAACUAUUUUCUUGAUAUAUGGGUGAUGAAAGACUAUGGCAUAUAUGAGUCUUGGACCAGAUUGAUUCGUCUCGGUCCACAAGGUCCAGAGAGACGUUUGCCCAGGGCAUUAGGAUUUAGGAAGAGUGGGGAAGUACUGUUGUCCCUCUGUGGAGAAAGGAAUCAUGUUGAUGGCAGAAGCCCGAACGAGUUAGGUUCACUGGACCCUGCGAGCAGAGAAUAUAUAAGUACUGAAAUUACGGGAUAUGACUAUUGCGUUGUUGACUCUUACACAGAGAGUCUCCUCCUACUGGACAAAGUUUCUAACAAAGAGAAAGAACAGGUAAUGUUAUAG